CAGGCUGCUGUGUGAGGGGAGAAGAGGAGUGAGGAGGACGCUGCUGGGGCUGCGCUUGUUUUUCCCUCAUCACUCGCUGCUUUAUUAUUUUACAGUUGGCAACACUGAUCCUCGUGCGAGUCGGCACCUCACUGUACCUCACUGCGAGGCAGGAGCCCUGCACCUCACUGCAAGGCACGGGAUCAGCACCUCAUUGCAGGCAAGACAAGGAGCCCAGUACCUCACUAUACCUGUCUGCAGGCAGGUCAGGAGUCCAGCACCUCACUAUACCUCACUGCGAGGUAGGAGGAGCCUAGCACCUCAUUACAGGCAAUACAAGGACCCCAGUACCUCACUGAAGGCAGGACAGGAGCCCAGGACCUUACUGUACCUCAUUGCGAGGCAGGACAGGAGCCCAGAACCUCGCUGCAGACAGGAAAGGAACCCAUCACCUCACUGUACCUCGCUGCAGGCAGGAAAGGAACCCAGCACCUCGCUGCAGGCAGGAAAGGAACCCAGCACCUCACUGCAGGCAGGAAAGGAACCCAGCACCUCACUGUACCUCGCUGCAGGCAGGAAAGGAACCCAGCACCUCGCUGCAGGCAGGAAAGGAACCCAGCACCUCGCUGCAGGCAGGAAAGGAACCCAGCACCUCACUGCAGGCAGGAAAGGAACCCAGCACCUCGCUGCAGGCAGGAAAGGAUGGACCCUGCACCCCGACUCUGAUCCGCUCCCCCUGCAGACGUCACCUGUGCACCCCCCACUGAGGAGACAGCUCUGGUCCCCACAGAUUGGAGAAGAAGCGUCUCCCUCAUGCAUUGGAAGCUGGACCUCACCUAGCAAGCGGGGUCUUCCACUCUUUACAGGUUACUUCCAGCUUAAACAGUCUGGUUCCCUAGGAUACUCGCCUGCGACGCGGCGCACCGCUGACGUCACUGGAAGGAGACACGGCAAGUGUGGCUGGACGGUCCGGCGGGCGGCGGCGCCUCGUGGCAGGUGGUUAAUGGAGAGACGGUCGAAUGACAGCCGGUACUGUGGUCAUCACCGGUGGAAUUUUAGCGACUGUUAUACUUCUGUGUAUUAUUGCGGUCCUCUGCUACUGCAGGCUACAGUAUUACUGCUGCAAGAAGGAGGACUCGGAAGAGGAUGAGGAAGAGCCCGAUUUCGCCGUCCAUUCCCGAUUCCCGCCGGUACAUUGCAACCGAAAUGUAGUGUUGGCCAAUGGCCCUUCCAUCUACGCUUCCCCCUACAACAAAAAGCACCCGCCCUACCGGAGCGUGUGUCACGGCUGCUCCCACAAUGAGCCGCCAGCUUUCCUCCUGCAGCCGCCGGACGAGAUCCGAAAUGGUGGCGAGCGCAUCACCUACAAGACGAUCAGCCAGGAAGAGAUCGAACUCCCGGUCAACCUGAGCAGUUUGCAGGUGCUGAAUCCCAACCGCCUGUCCGCAAUGAGGGAGGCCUUUUCCCGCAGCCGCAGUAUUAGUACGGAUGUGUGAGGGCAAGGAUGCGCCGGCAAUGCUCAGUACCACUUCUUUUGUCAUCUCGUUUGGGGUGGGGUGGGGGGGGGAUGAAUCCGCUCUUCCUGCAGAGAAUACACCGAAAUCUUUUCUUGAAAAUGAAAUCCAGAAGCUUCUGUCUCCCAGUCUAUGGUGGUAUUGUGCAAAACCCACUAAAGCACAGUACAACUCUCCCCCCCCAAAGGCUUAUUCAGCCCGUCGCACCACUUCCUCCCAGUGCUGUAUGAGCUUUUCAAUUAAUGGCAACGUGUUGUUUUUAAAACUAUGAAUGUACUUAUACAUUAUGUACCGGAUAUAAAUAUAUAUAAUGUGUCACUUUAAUGUCAAGCAAAAAAACAAUAAGAAAACAAAACAGACGGAUACAUUAGGGUCUUUGUGUGGGGGCGGAUGGAUAAGUUAUCUUUUUAUUUUAUUUAUAAACCUGUACCUGUCGGAAUCCUAAGUAUCGUAUUGACAGCAUUCACGUUUUUACGUAUGCAAAUAGUAUUAAUGCAACUUUGUAAUCUAAACAAAUGUUUGUCUGGUCUGAACGCAGUUACCGGGACAGGAAUGGGGGUCGGACAUUUAUGCAAAGGGAAAAGAGAGAGCUCUCACGUUUAUUCUUUUGUAACGGACUAGGCCACAAUGUCAGGGAGAAUAUGGCAGAUCCGGGUUACGCUGUGGUGGAUAACCAAUCAGACGAGAAUUUCCUUAGUGUCCUCCCGGUCCAAAGGAAAGUUCUAACUGUAACUCUUGCUACAGUAUAUAUAUAGAUUUAUACACUGGGAUGUUUUUAUAUAAUACAGGGGGAACUGUUUAUCUUCCGAAGUGGAAAUAUAUAUAUAAUAAUACAUUCCACGCCAUAAUGUCGUAUUAAGUUAAUCAGAAAACGUGAAAAUGGUGGGAUAUUUUUUAUAACUAUGUAUGGUGAGAUUAUGGGACAUAUGGGGUUAAAUCCACAUUCAUUUAAAAAAUGUUAUCUAUUAAAUUGCCCGAGACAAAAAACCCGCCCAAGAACGAAAAAACCUCAGCUGCUGAAGAACAGCAUGAGAUGCGCUGCGGCAUGUUAUAACGCCAGAGGGAGCGCUGCGGCAUCUUCACAGCUCCGACCUUUGCUGGACAUCCGUGUGAUGAUAUCACCAGGCUCAUUGUUGCAGUAAUUGUCUUUUUGCAAUAUUCAUUUGUUUGGAUUGCUUUAAUGUUUUUGUUAAGAAUGAAUAUUAUUUUAUUUAUAUUCGCUGAAACAUCGGAAUUUUUUAGAAUGUACAUUGGCACCGCCUCCAUUCUCCUUCGGUUACACCCUAAUUCCUGCUCCGG